AAGUUAGUCUGUGGGGCAGACCCGGCUACUUUUUGGCAGUGGAUUUCCAUACACAGACGAGAUCCCUCCCCCUUCCCCCAACCCCAGCUCUCCCCCAAUCCCAACCCUGACCCAGAGAGCACUCUGAUUUGGAAACUGGAGGACAAAGCCAUGUAAGGUCUGUGGAUAUCACUGCAGCCAGCUCAGACCCGCCUCCCAACCCUAGCUCCGGCUUCCCUGCUCCUUCCCACCCUGGCAAAAGCAGACUACAAAGAAGCUCUGCUAUUGCCUAGCGCCUGGGAGACCCCAGCCAAAAGGAGUCCAUUUCUGGUAGAAGCCUGUCCAUCAAGAAGCAAUGACCCAGAAGACCACCCUAGUGCUCCUGGCUCUGGCUGUCAUCACCAUCUUUGCUUUGGUUUGUGUCUUGCUAGCUGGCAGGAGCGGAGAUGGGGGUGGACUGAGCCAACCUCUUCAUUGCCCCUCUGUUCUUCCUAGUGUCCAGCCCCGGACACACCCUAGCCAGAGCCAGCCGUUUGCAGACCUGAGCCCAGAGGAGCUGACAGCUGUGAUGAGCUUCCUGACCAAGCACCUGGGGCCAGGGCUGGUGGAUGCAGCCCAGGCUCGACCCUCGGACAACUGUGUCUUCUCAGUAGAGUUGCAGCUGCCUGCCAAGGCUGCAGCCCUGGCCCACUUGGACAGAGGGGGGCCCCCACCUGUGAGAGAGGCAUUGGCCAUCAUCUUCUUUGGUGGACAACCCAAGCCCAACGUGAGUGAGCUGGUGGUGGGGCCCCUGCCUCACCCCUCCUACAUGCGGGAUGUGACUGUGGAGCGCCACGGCGGCCCCCUGCCCUAUUACCGGCGUCCUGUGUUGGACAGAGAGUAUCAGGAUAUCGAGGAGAUGAUCUUCCACAGAGAGCUGCCCCAAGCUUCUGGACUCCUCCAUCACUGUUGCUUCUACAAACACCAGGGACAGAACCUGCUAACAAUGACUACAGCCCCCCGUGGUUUGCAAUCAGGGGACCGGGCCACCUGGUUUGGCUUGUAUUACAAUCUCUCAGGGGCUGGGUUUUACCCUCACCCCAUUGGCUUGGAGCUUCUGAUAGAUCAUAAGGCCCUGGAUCCUGCCCUGUGGACCAUCCAGAAGGUAUUCUAUCAAGGCCGUUACUAUGAGAGUCUCACUCAGCUGGAGGACCAGUUUGAGGCUGGCCUGGUGAAUGUGGUAUUGGUCCCAAACAAUGGUACAGGUGGGUCCUGGUCUCUAAAGUCCUCAGUGCCACCGGGCCCAGCUCCCCCUCUGCAGUUCCAUCCCCAGGGACCCCGGUUCAGUGUCCAGGGGAGCCAAGUGUCUUCUUCCUUGUGGGCUUUUUCUUUUGGCCUUGGAGCUUUCAGUGGCCCAAGGAUCUUUGAUAUCCGCUUUCAAGGGGAGAGGGUGGCCUAUGAAAUCAGUGUCCAGGAGGCCAUAGCCCUCUACGGUGGAAAUUCCCCAGCAUCAAUGUCGACCUGCUACGUGGACGGUAGCUUUGGCAUUGGCAAAUACUCUACCCCCCUGAUCCGAGGGGUAGACUGUCCUUACCUCGCCACCUAUGUGGACUGGCACUUCCUUCUGGAAUCUCAGGCCCCCAAGACACUACGUGAUGCAUUUUGUGUGUUUGAACAGAACCAGGGCCUCCCACUCCGGCGGCACCACUCAGAUUUCUACUCCCAUUAUUUUGGGGGUGUUGUGGGGACGGUGCUUGUGGUCAGAUCCGUGUCUACCUUGCUCAAUUACGACUACAUAUGGGACAUGGUCUUCCACCCCAAUGGGGCCAUAGAAGUCAAAUUCCACGCCACAGGCUAUAUCAGCUCAGCUUUCUUCUUCGGUGCUGGUGAGAAGUUUGGGAACCGAGUUGGGGCGCACACGCUGGGCACGGUACACACCCACAGCGCUCACUUCAAAGUGGAUCUGGAUGUGGCAGGGCUGAAGAACUGGGCCUGGGCAGAGGAUAUGGCUUUUGUCCCCACGAUUGUACCUUGGCAACCGGAGUACCAGAUGCAGAGGCUGCAGGUGACUCGGAAGCUGCUGGAGACAGAGGAGGAGGCUGCCUUCCCACUGGGGGGCGCCACCCCACGCUACCUGUACCUGGCCAGUAACCACAGCAACAAGUGGGGUCAUAGGCGGGGCUACCGCAUCCAGAUACUCAGCUUUGCUGGAAAGCCCUUGCCCCAGGAAAGUCCCAUAGAGAAAGCCUUCACCUGGGGGAGGUAUCACUUGGCUGUGACCCAGAGGAAGGAGGAGGAGCCUAGCAGCUCUAGCAUCUUCAACCAGAACGACCCGUGGACCCCCACUGUGAACUUCACCGACUUCAUCAGCAAUGAGACCAUUGCUGGAGAGGACUUGGUAGCCUGGGUGACGGCUGGCUUUUUGCACAUCCCUCAUGCAGAAGAUAUCCCCAACACGGUGACUGCGGGGAACUCAGUGGGCUUCUUCCUCCGGCCGUAUAACUUCUUUGACGAGGACCCCUCCUUUCAUUCUGCUGACUCCAUCUAUUUCCGGGAGGGCCAGGAUGCCACGGCCUGUGAGGUUAACCCCUUGGCUUGCCUGUCCCAGACUGCCACCUGUGCCCCCGAAAUUCCUGCCUUCUCCCAUGGGGGCUUUGCUUACAGAGACAAUUGAACUGUUUCUAAGUAUCCCUCCCUCGCUCCUGCUCAGACCAUGUGCUCACUUCCCCACGCCAUUAAGUGUCCCCAAGAUGGACAAUCUAGCUAAGAGCUGGGAAGUAGCGCAACAGCCGGGCAGUACACAGAGCAAUUCGAUUGAAGAUCUGGUUCCUUCUGUCCCCACAUCUUUGAUGUCCCCUCUCUCUUCUGCUGCCCUCCUUGUCUCUCCCUCUCUGCUUGGAGCAUCCUGAGCCCAUGGAAACCUGAUGCACAGGGACACUGAACUUUGUUGGUUGUGCCUGUACUGAGUUCCUGCCUUGGGAGAAUAGCCUUGUUGGAGCCUGGAGUAAUGGCUAUGUUUUGUUUUGCUUUGAAUAUGGCUCCUUUUCCCCACCCCCACCGCACCCCCUAUUUGGCUUUCAUUUAAAAGCUUAUGAUAGCUUUGAGGACUCUGCAAUGAGGAUAACUCUCUAGAGACCCCCAAAGUAGGGUCUCUCUGAGUCUCUCACAUCCACAGAUUCUUCAUCUACAUCCCUUUCCUACUUAAGCCUCUUUCAUUUCCAUUCUCUCCCUCUCCCUCCCCGCCCCCUCUCCUUUCCUCCCUCCCCCCUCCCUCCCCUCUUCCUGGAGUUCCUGCUUGCUCAUACAUGCUAGGAUUCCUACUCAGUCCAAAAGCGAUGUCCGUCCUAAGAGUUCUCUGAGCCCUCAUUCUCAAACUGCAGUCUCUUCUCCUGGACCCGAGUCUGUGGAAAUCUCAAAGAUGUAAUGCAAAGCCUCAUGGGAGAGGACCAGGCUUUUCUAUCUCCUAACGUUCGUCACAUAUCAGGAAGGAGUAGGGCUUGUCCCUGCGGUAGCCCUGCUUUGCCCUCUUUACAAGAAGAUGGAGGUGCUAUGAUUAUGACGAAUGGUUAUUUUAUUCUAUGGCUCUGCUCCACUAAUGGCUCUGGUCUCUGUGCAGUAGCCUGCAGGAGCCAGCUCGGGACAGUGAGAUAGGAUGGGGUCUGCCCAAUCAGAAGCAGGCAUGCAAAUGAGCCUGAGUCUGAUCUGCCUUGGUGGGACCUGUUUCAGGGUUUCUCUUUGCUGCUUGUCUUUGCUGAGACCUGGACAGGGGCUGGUACACACAUGACUCAAAACAACAGAUACAUCAUUCCCUAGCAGUCUGGCCAGCCCCGUUGUUAACUAAUGUUAUUACUGUAGUUAAUGGAAGAAAGGCUGGAAAGAUGUGUGUGCACUGUUCUUGCAAGGGGCCCAAAUUCCGUUCCCAGCAUCCUUAUUAAGGUGCUCACAACAAUCUAUAACUCUAUCUCCAGGAGAGCCGGUGCCCUCUUCAGGGGCACCUAAACUUAAUGCACAUACCUUCACACAGACACAUACAUAUAAAUACAAAAUAAAAGAACUCAGCCUGGCACGGUGACACAUGACUUUAAUCCCAGCAUUGGAAGUCAGAGGUAGACAGAUCUCUGAGCAUGAGUCCAGCCUGGUCUACAGAGUGAGUUCCAGGACAGCCAUAGCUAUACAGAGAAACCCUGUCUUGCAAAACAAAAACAAACAAACCAAAAGAGAGUUCUUUAAAGACAAAAGAAAAGCUAAAAAUGAGUAGGCGAUAAGUGUACAUUUGUUUAUUUCUGCUGCAUUCCUUGAGAACUGAGUAAGACCAGUUACCUCUGAGGAGGAAGACAGCUGAGAGGGAAUCAGGUUCUGCCUGCCCUUCUGAACAUCAUGGAUUGGAACCAUGUGAUCAUAUUGCCCCGUCAAAAUAAAUAAGUGGGCUAUACACUAA